CAUAUGGCAUCAUUGAAAAAUGGCUCCUCUUUCUCAGUCUCCGAAUUCCUCCUCAUCUGCUUCCCUAACUUCCAGAGCUGGCAGCACUGGCUGUCCCUGCCCCUCAGCCUCCUCUUCCUCCUGGCCAUGGGGGCCAAUGCCAUCCUCCUGUUCACCAUUCGGCUGGAGGCCUCUCUGCAUGAGCCCAUGUACUACCUGCUCAGCCUCCUCUCUGUGCUGGACAUUGUGCUCUGCCUCACCGUCAUCCCCAAGGUCCUGGCCAUCUUCUGGUUUGACCUCAGAUCCAUUGGCUUCUCUACCUGUUUCCUCCAGAUGUUCAUCAUGAACAGUUUUCUCCCCAUGGAGUCCUGCACAUUUAUGGUCAUGGCCUAUGACCGCUACGUGGCUAUCUGCCACCCACUACGGUACCCCUCCAUCAUCACUGACCAGUUCAUUACUAGGGCUGCCAUCUUUGUUGUGGCCCGAAAUGGCCUUCUUACUAUGCCAAUUCCUAUACUUUCUUCCCGACUCAAUUACUGUGCAGGAAACAUCAUUAAAAACUGCAUCUGUACUAACAUGUCUGUUUCUAAACUCUCUUGUGACAAUAUCACCCUCAACAAACUCUACCAGUUUGUUACAGGUUGGACUCUGCUGGGCUCUGACCUCAUUCUUAUUUUUCUCUCUUACUCUUUCAUUCUGAAAACUGUGCUAAGGAUUAAGGCUGAGGGAGCUAUGGCCAAGGCUCUAGGCACUUGUGGUUCCCACUUCAUUCUCAUCCUCUUCUUCAGCACAGUCCUCUUGGUUCUGGUCAUCACUAACCUGGCCAGGAAGAAAAUCCCCCCAGAUGUUCCCAUCCUGCUUAACAUCCUGCACCAUCUCAUCCCCCCAGCUCUGAACCCCAUUGUUUAUGGUGUGAGGACCAAGGAGAUUAAGCAGGGAAUCCUGAAGCUGUUGAGAAGAUUCUAA